AUGACGGAUAAUCGUGUUGUAGUUGCUAUAGAUUUUGGAACCACCUUUUCCGGAUUCGCAUAUGCUAACCGAACGACCCCAGAAAUUAUUACAAAUGAUAUUUGGCCACAACAAAUUGGUCCAUUGAAAACCAACACGGUUCUUCAAUAUGAUGAAAAUUAUCGAAAUGUCCUUAAAUGGGGAAAUCCCGCUUUGGCUCAAAGACAAUCUCGUAGAAAUAAGAACUCGAAUGCUUCAAAACCUGUGGAACUUUUUAAACUUCAUUUAGGAAAUAUUUCUCAAAGUGAAAAGCCCCCACUUCCUUAUCAAUUAAGUCAUGAAAAAGCAAUAAUCGAUUAUUUACGUGAAUUAGUUGCUUCUCGAUGGUAUGGGUUAGAUUUUUUUGAGAACGUUUUUCUCGUCAUAAGUAUUCCGGCCGAGUUCGAUGAUUUUGCAAAAGAUACUAUGAGAAAAUGCCUUUAUGGUGCCGGUCUGACAGCUAGUAAGGAAUCAAAAAAAGUUGAAUUUACAACUGAACCUGAAGCUGCUGCAAUUUACUGUAUGCGAAACCUCAAAGAACAUAAGAAUGCAUUAAUCCCAGUUAAUGCGUCAUUUAUGGUGGUUGAUUGUGGAGGUGGAACUGUGGACCUCACGACACGUAAACUGUUAAAUGAUGAAAAGUUAAGUGAAAUCACUGAACGAACUGGAGAUUUUUGUGGUGGAACUUAUGUCGAUAGAGAAUUUCUUAAAUUCCUCGGUCAUAAACUUGGCGAAUCAACUAUAAAUCUUCUUAGAGAUAAUAAUUAUGGUCAAAUGCAACUUUUGGUACAACAUUUUUGUCAAAAAGUAAAAUUUCAUUUCACGGGAAAUUUAAAUGAAUUUGAUCCUUAUGAACUUGAUAUUGAAGAAGUUUGUCCCAUAUUAAAACAAUAUUGCAAAGAUUAUGUCAAAGAAGAGAUGGAAGAUAAUGAAUGGAUUAUUGAUAUAAAUUUUGAAGAUUUGAAAUCCAUGUUCGAUCCUGUGGUCGGAAAAAUUAUUAGAUUAAUUCGUGGGCAGCUCAACUCUAGUCAGAGUAAAUGUUCUGCUAUGUUCAUUGUCGGAGGAUUUAGUGAGUCAAAAUACUUACAAAUGAGGGUUAGACAAGAAUUCAAGGAAUUGGUUCCUGCUAUUAUUGUACCAAAACAACCUAUCGCGGCUAUUGUUCGUGGUGCUUGCGAUUACGGACUCAAAAUGAGUACGAUUGUAGAUCGUACCUUAAAACAUACAUAUGGAAUUCGGGCUUUAAGAGAUUUUAAAGAUGGAGAUCCAGAAAGUCAGAUAUACGACAAGAAAAAUACUUAUACGUUUGAACAACUUGUUUCGCGAGGAACAAAAGUGGAUGUUGAUCAAGAGUUUUCCAGUAUUUAUCAUCCCCGUUUUGCAAAUUUAAAACUCUUGGAAUUUAAAAUAUAUAUUACAACAGAAUUAAAUGCAGAAUUUUGUGAUGAACCUGGUAUGAAAUGUCAUGGAACAUUAACAAUAGAUUUACCAGAUGUGCAUCUUGGAAAAAAUCGGAUGGUACAGCUUUCAUUAAUAUUUGGAAAAAUGGAACUUGUCGCUAAAGCAAAAAAUUUACAAAAUGGAAAAAUUUAUGAAACUAGUUUUGAUUUAUUGUUAUAA